UAUCAGAUACCAACCACAGCCCACGCACCACGCAGCCACGUACAAUACAACACAACACAAUACAAUAUAGAGUUGCAGAAGGCCACGUCUUCUAUUGGCGUAAGGCUAGAUGCCUACCUUAGGUAGGUACCUAACCUACCUACCUAAGGUACCAGGUAGAUGUGCCUAAACGAUUUGAAUCUACCUGAUUCGGCUCAACCCGAUUCUAUGGAUUUAUCUUAGACUUGGUAAGAUACGAACAAUAUGACUCCAAUACGAUACAGAUAUAUGCGCAACAAUCUAGAGUAGCCUUUACACAGAAUCUACCUCUCUUGCCUUACUCCGGUACCAAAGCCGCUCAAGAAAGGCGACUGAUAAUUAUGGCGAACGAAGCCAGCAAGUUGGACGUUCGCGUCCUUCAGCAACCUCGCCUUCCAAUUCUUUCUCGAGUCUAUCGAGGCGUCGUCGUUUACGCAAUUCAAAUAUUAAGGGAGCCGGCAGCUUGGUUCCAAGACUGGGCUCAUCCUCCAGAAAUCCCUCCGAACUAUGUAAAGAAAUACUCGUGUCGCCCAUAUUUGCCAAUCAGGGUCUUUUUCCCUAAGUCGUACGACCCCCAUUCAUCCAAGACGCCUCUCCCAACUAUAUAUACCAUACACGGUGGCGGGUUCUGUUUCGGCCGAUCAAACGAUGACGAUGCGUGGAACGCUCAAUUUGCAAAUAUGCACAAUGUGCUUGUAGUCGCGCUCAACUACCGUAAAGCCCCGUCUUAUCCUUUCCCGACCGCAACCUACGAUCUCGAAGCCCUCAUCCUAGCCACUCUCGACGAUGACAGCCUUCCCAUCGACAAGACCCGUAUAGCGAUCGGCGGCUUCUCGGCGGGUGGGAGUUUGACACUUAGCGUAUGCCAGUUACCCUCGAUCCGAGAAAAGGUCAAACCCUCGGCUGCUGUACCAAUAUAUGCCGUCGUAGACAAGGCUAUUCGCCCGGAAAUUAAGCUCAAGACGCGAUACUACAAGCCUGGCCUUGGCCCGGGUAUGCGCUCUGCGCCGACUGAUUACCUGGCAAAGUUAUCACCAUUCUUCCUCUGGAGCUAUAUCGAACCAGGCAUCAAUCUAACAGAUCCUCUGCUCUCGCCGUACUUCGCUCCUCGAAACACCCUGCCUCCGCACAUCUUCUUUAUCGGGGUAGAACUGGAUCAACUCGCACAUGAAACUUGGGCUAUGGCUAAUAGAUUGGCGGGACGACCGGAGCCGCUGUUGACUGAUGUGGUGGGUCAGGAGAAGCCAGGACCGGGGAAAGGAGAACUCAUCUUGGACGAUGAGAGGUUUGCGUUCGAGCAUGUAGAAGACAAAGGGAAGAGCAGUAUCCGAUGGUUACUGAUACCAGAUCAGAUCCAUGGAUUUGAUCAUCUUCCAGCCCGCUGGCUCGGGGGAGAAGAUUUAGAAGAUGCGAAGUUGAAAAUGACCGCAUAUCAAAAAUUGGUUGGAGAAUGGUUGCUCGGGUUUGUGUGGAAAUAGACAUCCAACGACCUAAAGCCUAGCAGCCACUAUUUCCGAACAAAUAACCUUUAGUUAGUUCUUAUCUAGGGCAAUGUACCCAGAGAUUACCUGCUUUCACGUUAAGAAUCGUAUAGGUAAGAUAGCUUACAGCUUCGGCUUGGCUACCUAUGCAACGAGAGCUGUUUCAGUCUACUGUUUCUAUUUUCUUGCGACCCGUCAUACGCCUGCUGUCAGAUCACCUAAAGCGCUGUAUUCGUACACCUGGUGACUCUUUACGGCCACACCGGGAUUGCCUGUUUCGCCCGUCCAAGGAAGACCAGAAGUCAUACCUUACAAAAUACUCAGGAUAUGGUAUCUAGGAC